GGGGGCGGGGCCUGGCAGAGGCAUGUGGCGGGGCCGGCGCCGCGCAGAGGUUUUCAAUUCUAGCUCCGCGGCCCCAGGCGGCUGCGCCGGAGUCGGAGCGGGGGCCGGACGCGCGGCUGCCUCUGGCUGGAUAUGUCGCUUAGGACCUGAAGGUAAUUGGCAAAUGAUUCUCCUGCACAACAGGCUCUAGAGAAGAAUAGCGUGAUUCCAAGGCCAGCCUUCAAGAUGUGGACUGCUGUUGUAUUUUUCCUGUUGAUUUCCCUGUGCAUAUCUGAAAACAGAAUUUCCACCUUAAAGGAGAGAGGCACUCGGGUGAUACGAAUAAACCGGCUGAGCAGUGAAAAGCAUUGCAGACGCACUUGUAGAGGCAUAUCGCCUUCAGGUAAUCGUUACUGCAACUGGUCAGUGUUCUAUCAGAAUCGCUGUGUCCUUUUACACUGUCGCCAUCUGUAUGUGUGUCAGAAUGCCAGCGCUCAGGACAUUAAAGAUCUACUUGGAGAGCUUGUCCUUAGGAAAAGAGAAGCGCAGCUACUUGGCCGAACCAGCAGGCAAGUAGAAUCUAACGCAAGCCCAGAGAACCAGACAGAGAGUCGAGCAAUGGUACCACCUUCACCAUCAGCUCAAGUAAGGACUGUAAUGACAGGUACGAGAACGACCUCACCAGCAGUAAUUACAACUAUUGCCACAACCACCACCACCACUAAAGCCACAACCACCCAAUCCACCAAGGGAACCCCAGGUGAGAUAAGUACAACUACUCCAUCAGCCAGAGGUAAUGAAACUGCAGAGAUGCUUGGGGUUCUGACAGCUAAUCCCACUAUCCCUACCAGCACCACAUCUCCAGCUGCCUCUUCUCUCACUUCAAAUAACGAUACUUCUAGCUCCAUGACCACAGCCAUCUUUGAAAAGACAAGUAAUAAGGUGUUCACUUCAGGAACUACAAAGGCACCAGCACCCUUGUCUCAAACUACUAUUGCUACUCCUGAAUUGAAAGUGAGGACUGCAAUGUCCCAAACAACAGAGUAUCACAAUGCAACCAUUGCCACACACAGCACUCCCAUCCCUAGCACAGUUAUUACUGUAGGGGUUGGCCCAUUGACAACAAGUUUAUCUGUAGCGGCAACCACCGACAGCCUACAGGACUUGAAAACACAUUCCCCAGAUUCUGCAGUCACCAGUCCGUCUUCAAAGAGUGCCAGUCCCACAGUGCCAACAAUCAAAGCUACUUCAACUCUUGAGCCCCUGACAACUACAGUGGAAAGGCCCCAGAAUAUCACAGCUAAGCCAUCUCCUACUAUCCCAGUCCGAACAAAGACUUCAGCAACUAACCGGCCGUCAACAAAGGCCACCACUGGGCCUGGGGUGAUGACGACAACAACAACAACAUAUAGUACUUUCUUGACUAAGCUUACCACCACGGGUCCAACAAAUGCACCCAAAACAACAGCCUUGGGCUUUGGCAGAGAUGAGCAAAACACAGACUAUGACAAUCUGCUGAUUGCCACUGGGCCUCUGACUCAGUACUUGGUGGACACCAGUUCACUCCUGGCAGUACUUCUAUUUGGGAUCAUAUUUUUCAUAACAGUCUUAGUUCUAUUUGCCAUGCAGGCCUAUGAAAGCUACAAGAAAAAGGACUAUACACAAGUGGACUACUUAAUCAAUGGAAUGUAUGCGGACUCAGAAAUGUGACAGGCAGGAGCAGGGGUGCCGAGAGAGGCUUAAAUAUGUAUCGAGGAGAUGGAAAGCCUGUGGCUUGCUCUUCCCUUGUUUGCAUAUAAGACAAACUGAAAGUGCUUCCAAAUUACUUCUGGUGCAAUUUAGGAGAAAUGCCAUGUACUAUAUAAAUUUUUAUUUUUUAUCAACUGUAACAGGUUGCCACAAGAGCGGUAGUCAUUUCUAGAACUCUGCUUCUGCCAAUGAUUUUUGCAUUACAAAAUGAAGCUACCAGGGUGAGCCAUCGCCCUCUAAGAAUGGUAUGUGCUUCCUAAGCUCUGUGUUUACAUUUGAUUUAAGUUCCUUGAGUUUUGUUAAUUUCACGCACAUUCCCAUUUGUAAAAUGGGGAUGAUGCUGAUGAUGCUCACCCACCUUCUAUGAAGCACUUUAGGCUCACAGGAUGAGAAGUGCUAAGUAUUACUCUGUCUGUGUUGGGGAGUUUUUAAUCAAGUGAGCAUCAUGUUUCAGGAAGCUUCCUGCCUGUAAAGAGAACGAUUUACAAGAUGCUAUUAACACUCUGCUUACUGCUGAUUUAAGAUGGUUCUUCCCACGGUGCAGAUCAUUGUGUUUGUGCACCUAUAUGAUCUUAUUUUUGUAUUCACUCAAUAAAAGGGGACCUGGAGGGCAUGCAA